AAGAAGCAUAUUGCAGCAUAAACUCAAACAAAAACUGCUAAUUGAGAAGAAUUUGGUAAACCAAACUGAAAAAGUAUUAGACUUUUGUUAAAAUGAGCGAAGGUCUAUUUGAAAACGGGUUUCGUUUGGAUAAAUUUAACAGUGAGGACUUAUUAAGUACAUUUUUGCGAUAUGGACUAUUUAUAGGUGCAAUAUUUCAACUUGUAUGCAUCGCUUCAUCGAUUUUACUUCCUGCCGCUGCUGAAGGAUCUAGUAGUGAAGAUGGUAAUGAGGAUUACAAAUACAACGGCGAAAUUGGAAACAUGCGACGACUGCAUAAACUACGCAAGCAAGAAAAAAAGAAACGGCGUUAAUUUUAAGAUUUUCAAAAGAUUAUUUGUAAUUUAUAAUUAAAGAUUUAAUAGUAUUUAAAAAACUGCUCGAAUGAAAGCAACCUUCUACAUUAAGUUCUAACCAGAAUGAUGAUUGUAUUAUUAAUGUACAUACAUUUGGUGUGUAAAUUGAAUCCAUAAAUUAGUGUUGAGAUUUUCUUUAAAAGUUUAAUACUGAAAUGAGCACUACAAAAUAUAGAAUAGCUGCCUCGUGAGCAAAUAUUACGCAUGACCGCAGACCGCAUACAGAAGAUCUCUGUGCAAACUUAGUCAUAACUAA